AUUAGGUACCUAACCAAGUACCUAGUCGAGCUUACAUGAUUACUGCUAAGUCACGACCCCCUCGCCCGUCGGCACUUGACAGGUCCGCCGCCUCUUCUCCGUAUCCUAUAGUUACUAAAAUUCAGAAGAUCGAUACUUCUAUUCACCUAUUCACCUUGACUCUAAUAGUCUCCAUCAUCCACCUGCUCUAAACCGGUUUUUUACUACUUCGACGAUUUUCAGCAUGGCACCCUCGCAUUGGCACCUACUGUGAGCCACCAACAGUUGGAUGCGCGAAUCACAUUUGCGGGACAGCUAGAACAGCAACCCCCAGUUGGCCCAUUGUUCUCAUGAACGUCAUCUCGAUCCCGGAUGGUGCCGAGCAUGACGCCUUACUUGAGACAUGGCGCAAGAGCGCGGACUUAUUGAAGAAGCAGCCGGAUACAUCUCCACUCAACUACACAAAUCGCUUGAUGGAAACUUCCUGGUUAACUACGCUAUCUGGGAAACCAAUGAGACUUUAAAGAAUCGGUUGGAACUCGCCGAGUUCAAGGCGAUCUUGAGCAACCUCCCUGAUGGCACCGUGUUCAAGCCAACCGUUAUGCGGAAGAUUUCCGUGCCGGACCACUGUGUAGCAUAGAAGAAUGUCUUUAGUGUGCAGCGGACAAUUGCGCGACACUUAAGCGGCAAACAAGCGCAUAAGCUUUCAGGCGCACCAUGGCCCAGGCUUCCAAGUACAAUAUCGGAGACAAUCAAUGGUUGACAAA